AAUCAGACCAGAGAAUUGGAAGAGCGUAUUAUGGAGCUACAUAAGACUUACCGGGGCAUGACACCUGGAGAGGCAGAGAUUCACUUCCUGGAGAAUGCCAAGAAACUUUCAAUGUAUGGAGUUGACUUGCAUCAUGCUAAGGAUUCAGAAGGCAUUGACAUCAUGCUGGGUGUUUGUGCCAAUGGCCUUCUCAUAUAUAGGGACAGGCUAAGAAUAAACCGUUUUGCCUGGCCUAAGAUUCUCAAGAUUUCAUACAAAAGAAGUAACUUCUACAUCAAAAUUCGACCUGGUGAGUAUGAGCAGUUUGAGAGCACCAUUGGUUUCAAGCUGCCCAACCAUCGCUCAGCUAAGAGACUCUGGAAGGUUUGCAUUGAACAUCACACUUUUUUCAG